AUAAACGGUACAUUUGAGCUAUUCUGUUAAAACAUGCAAAUAAACUUCUAAACGUCAAAAAUGGCGUCCACACAAAGGGCGUUUACACAAAAAUUAUCAAAACAUAAUGCCGCCGACGUGCGACGAAAUGUGGCCAGCCAUAAAAGUGGCUUGUUGUCUCCCUCAUCCACUUCUAGCUGGUCAAAUGCAGAUGUGGCCGAACCGUUAGAUUUUGAAGAGUUCUUGGGCCAGUAUCAAACAACAAUAGACAGGGAACCUUUAAGACAUAUUUUAGACGUACCUCAAGGUGAUGUUGAAGUAGAUGUUAUAGAGAGACCCAUUAGAACUUUAAAACCAAUAAUUCCUGAAGAAAAAAUUGAAACACUACCACCACAUGUUCAAGCUUGUGUUGAAUGCUAUAGGUCUAAUUGGAAUGUUGUCAGAUACAAUCACAGAUCAUUAAGUAGCAGUGUUUCAAGCAGAUCAAAUCUCUCUAAAACAUUAGAACCUAGUCCAAAACAAGAGUUUGAGGUUGAUUUUCAAGCCACACCAUCUGAAGCCAACAGUGAAAUAGAUCUUUCAUCUGCACCCAGUAGUAGUAGACAUAGUGUGGCAUCAAUUGGGUCUGUGUCAUCAUGUGGUGAUACUUUGACACCUAGGAAUUCAUGGGCUUCUUUAGAUCUGAGACAUUCAGCAGGAGAUCAAUUAAUCAAUGAUAUACUAGAGCAGUCAGCUCCAGAAGCAAUAGACCAGCUUAAUGAAAGUAGGAGACAAAAUGAUAGGCAAGAUGCUUUAUUUGCUUUGUGCCCACAGACCACAGAUUUGGAAAUGGGAGAACCUGUUGAGAAGAGGCUUCCUGCUAAUAUUCCUUUUGAAUAUUUGGGACAUAGGGUUUUGGUGAAAUGUCAACAAUUAACCAUGGAAUUGGAGGUUGAACCUUUGUUUGCCUCAAUGGCUUUGUAUGAUUGCAAGGAGAGAAAGAAAGUGUCUGAAACUUUCCAUUUUGAUUUAAAUCCAGAGAGUUUGAAAAGAAUGUUAGGUAGCCAUGUGCCUUAUUCUGAUACCAGCACUUUGGCAAGAGGUUGUGUGUUUAAUAUCUCACAUCCUUCUCCUGACUUAUUUAUUGUCAUUAGGAUUGAAAAGGUUUUGCAGGGUGACAUCAAUGAAUGUAUUGAACCUUAUUUGAAGGAUGACAAAAAUCGUGAUAAACUAAAAUCUAAUGCAGUGUCAGUGUGUGAGAGAUUGGGAAAAUACAGACAACCAUUUGCUUGGACAGCUAUAAAUUUAAUAAAUGUAAUAAACGAUGGUAAUUCUAUGGAAAGGGAUUUAGAUAAGGAAUCCACUGGUUCAGGAUCAAAUACCAACAGUUUAGAUCGAAAAUCAACUGGAAGCAGUUUAGAACAGCUCCGUAGACGGGCUGCUGACAUGGGCACCCUAACGCGCAGAGGAUCACUGGAGAGGCGCAUCGAAAAACGACGAUCAUGGUCUCCUGACCACUUGGCUACAAGUCUCGAUUCGUUCAGGCCGAUAACCUUAACAAUGUCCAGCUUUUUCAAACAAGAGUGCGAAAAGUUACGAGACGAUGACUUGUAUAAAUGCCUGCAAGAGUUGAAAAAACCGGCAAUCCUGUUAAAGAAACUAAAACAAAUUCCUGCAACAUUGAAAUUAGAAAUUUGCCCAUGUCCCAUUGAGGUGAAGAACUGUCUGACCCCAGAAUUGUCGAAACUUCAUCCAUAUCCUGAUGAGAAAAGCCGACCUUUGAAAGAACUACUCGAGUUUCCCGUUAAAGAAAUUUUAGUUCCCCAUUACACAUACAGAAAUCUAUUGUAUGUCAGUCCCAAGGAGUUAAAUUUCUCAAAUCGCACGGGAUCUGCGAGAAAUUUAACAGUGAAAGUGCAGCUGAUGGCUGGUGAGGGUGAUCAUCAUGCCCUGUACAACAUUUACGGAAAAUCUAGUUCACCGGAAACAACGAACGAAGCUUACAGCACUGUAACUUAUCACAAUAAAUGUCCUAGUUUUUAUGAUGAAAUAAAAAUGAAAUUACCAGCUGCUUUGGCUGAUAAUCACCACUUACUUUUCACUUUUUAUCAUAUAUCUUGUCAGAAGAAACUUGAACAAUCUUCAGUUGAUACACCAGUAGGGUAUACUUGGUUGCCAUUACUGAGGGAUGGGCGUUUGGUCACUGGAGAUUUUUGCUUACCAAUAAUGCUGGAACCACCAAUGCCAAAUUACAGUUAUAUACCACCAGAUGUUUGUUUGCCAGGCACCAAAUGGCUAGACAAUCAUAAAGGUCUGUUCACUGUGACUCUAGAAACCGCAUCGUCCGUACACACACAGGAUAACUCCUUAGAAAGAUUCCUUACUGCAUACGAUGUCGUGCAUUCAGGUGUUAUACCUGCACGAUUGGGAGAAAGCGGAUCGGAAAAUGAACUGAGGUCGGCUAUGGCGGGUUUGUCUGGUGCAAGACCUGAGCUUAUAGUGCGUCAUUUGCCUUUGAUAUUUGACAUUAUUAUCCAACUGCUGGUUCAGCCUCCUCGGAUUUCCGGUCAUACCCUUAACAUUGGUCAUAACUGCUUUGAAGCCUUAUGUAUUCUUUUGGAAAACAUUUCGAAUCUGCAAGAGUUACAAGUUGAUCAGCAUCAUAGAAAUGCUUUGUUGGCAACCUAUAUUCAGUAUCAGUGUAACCUUCCUCAUCCGCUUUGCAGUAGUAAUCAGAGUUCCCCAGAUUGGGAAGAACACAUUUUAGGUGGAUCUGGAUUAGCUAGGAGCAGUUCCAAUCCGGACUUAGAAAUCGCCCACCUUCAACAUGCGCGAGGUUUGGACCGUGCAGCUAGUAUGCGUGUGCCCGGCGAUCAAACGAGUCCCAACAUUAGCCCAUGCCAAAGGGUGGUGCAUCAAGAGCUGGUCCUGCAGUGGGUAGUAUCAAGUGGUAGAAUAAGGGACAUGGCUAUGCAAAACGCCUGGUUUUUGUUCGAACUAAUCAACAAAAGCAUGGUCGAGCAUCUAGCCAGAACUAAUAACUUGGACUCCUCCAGAAAAAAUCGAUUCCCCGACCAUUUUAUGGAGGACAUAACCACUCUCGUUCAAAAUGUUACUGGAGAGAUUAUAGCACACUCAACUGGUGAAACCAGAAAAGCACACAAGUUAAACGCGGCUUUGGCUUUCUUCUGUUUUGAUUUGCUAUCUAUAGCUGAUAGAGGAUUCGUUUUCAGUUUAAUUCGUUCCUACAACAAGCAACUUCAUGUUAAAAUAGCUGCGAUUCACGAAUCUGUACUCAUAGAGUUAAAACUAGAGUUCGCACGUAUUUUGUGCAGCCAUGAACAUUAUGUAGCCCUGAACUUACCCUUUGCAUCUCCAUUUAUGUCCACUGGCGCAAGUGUAUCUCCAAGUCCCAGUGUUACAAGCUCUACUAGUCAGAACAGCUUCCUGUCGGGACCGCCUGCUAGUCAAGAAAGAGCCGCCAUUUUCGCCGAGUUGUCGCCAGAGUAUAAACAACAUCAUUAUCUCGCCGGAUUAGUUCUUUCAGAUUUAGCCACAGUUUUACUGGAAAUGAACUUCCCUUCAUUACAUAGUAAAGCGGUGGAUACUGUGAAGUCGUUGUUGUCUUGGCAUGACGGCGACCCAAGGUAUGUCUCUCCUGAGGCUAGAAGAAGAGUGGCAGCUUUAUAUUUGCCUUUAUUAGCUAUUGCUAUGGAUGUGCUGCCUUUACUUCAUCAUUUUGCUGUAGACAAAACUGACAGGUACAAUGAUAGCGGCAUUUCGUCCAACAUUGAUCAAACUGUGGCUUUAGCAAUUUCCGGCAAUGUAACCCAAGGAAAUGUCGACUCGUUUGCACCGCUUCCUGCGAGAAAGAACGCUAUAUCAGCGGACGUCACCAGAAACUUGCUUACUUGCGUGCUUUGGGUGUUAAAAAAUCUUGAGCGUGAGUCUCUAACCCAAUGGUUGGGUGAACUGAGUUCUUCAAGAUUGGCAACUCUUUUGCAUCUGUUGGACGCUUGUACUAGCUGCUUCGAGUACAGACCCAGGAGGAGAGCUCCUCCACCGUCGGGAUACGCUCAUGCUCAAGUCGCCCAAGAUAUGCGUUCGCGUUUAGAGGAUGUCAUAUUGGGGCAGGGAUCCGCCAGGGAAAUGAUGCAAAGAAGAAAAGGUGGUACUCCCCAAGCUGCGGUUGAAAAGCUUCGCUGGCGCAAGGAACAGAUGACCUACCGUCAUGGUACAGAUCAAGUGGAUCGUCCGAGGGACGAUUUGAUCAACGACAUUCAUUUGGAGGGCCACUUGGCAACUGAAGCUUCGUUCAUCAUACUCGACACGUUGGAAAGAUGUGUUGCCACUGUUGCGCAAUGCGAUUCCCAACAACAUCUGGUCGGACUGGCGUUAACCGUUUUAUUGCAUGCUUUAGGCAAGAAUCAAAGUACUACGGUUCUACCUCACAUGUUUGCAUCGCAACGAAGCUUAGUUUUUAAGUUUCACAGUGCCUUGUUUGAUGAAGAGAGCAGUCACUGUGCUGAUCUGUGCCUUCUCUUGUUGAAACAUUGUGGUUCCCAAAUUGCUUCAGUCAGAUCACAAGCUGCUGCCUCGCUCUAUCUGUUGAUGAGACAAACAUUCCAAAUUGGCAAUAAUUUUGCAAGAGUAAAAAUGCAAGUGACAAUGUCUUUGAGUAGUCUAGUCGGUACUUCGUCGUCAUUCAGCGACGAUUCGUUAAGAAGGUCACUGAAGACUAUUCUGGAAUACGGCGAAAGAGACUCCGAAUUGCAAGAAACAACAUUCCCCGAACAAGUUCGUGAUUUAGUAUUCAAUCUGCACAUGAUCCUUUCCGACACUGUAAAGAUGAAAGAGUUCCAAGAAGAUCCGGAGAUGCUCUUGGACUUGAUGUUCCGUAUAGCCAAAGGAUAUCAAAACUCUCCUGAUUUGAGAUUGACAUGGCUGGCGAACAUGGCCCAGAAACAUAUGGAGAGAGGUAAUCAUUGUGAAGCUGGAAUGUGCCUGGUGCAUUCCGCCGCCCUUGUAGCGGAGUACUUGGUGAUGCUCGAAUCACUUCCACAUUUACCUGUUGGGGCGGCCGCUUUGGAGAGAGUGAGUCCAAAUGUUUUGGAGGAGAGUGCCGUGUCCGACGACGUUUUAAGUCCAGAAACUGAGGGCGGAUGUUUAGGAUUACAUUUUACAGAGGGGGGUUUACUGGGACUGUUGGAGCAUGCGGCCAGCAGUUUUCAUGCAGCAGCCAUGUACGAACCUAUGAAUGAUAUUUAUAGAGUACUGAUUCCUAUUGCGGAAAAUAACAGAGACUUUAAAAAAUUGGCCAACAUUCAUGGAAAAUUACACGACGCUUACACUAGAAUUGAUCAGUUACAUGGAAAACGAAUGUUUGGUACGUACUUUAGAGUAGGAUUUUAUGGAUCAAAGUUUGGAGAUCUUCACGAACAAGAAUUUAUAUACAAAGAGCCAACGUUAACAAAACUCCCUGAAAUUUUCAGCAGACUUGAGAAUUUCUAUGCGGAACGUUUUGGACCAGACAAUGUAAUAAUCAUCAAAGAUUCAAAUACAGUGGACACGUCAUCUUUGGAUUCUGAAAAAGCAUACAUUCAAAUAACAUAUGUUGAGCCUUAUUUUGAACAAUACGAACUGCGAUAUCGACAAACACACUUUGAUAGAAACUUUAACAUAAAACGAUUCGUUUACGCCACUCCAUUUACAAUGACUGGAAAGGCUCAUGGAGAGCUAAGAGAUCAGUAUAAGAGAAAAACAAUUCUCACAACAGCCGUUCAUUUCCCGUAUGUCAAAACUAGAAUACAAGUCGUACAUCGCACCCAAAUCACAUUAACUCCUAUAGAGGUUGCCAUUGAAGAUAUCCAAAAGAAAACACUGGAAUUGGCUACUGCUACAAACCAAGAACCGCCAGAUCCGAAAAUUCUACAAAUGGUUCUACAGGGUUGCAUUGGUACUACUGUGAAUCAAGGACCUCUUGAAAUGGCAACCACUUUCUUACCUAGUGACGGAAAGACUUUAACGAAACACCAAAAUAAAUUAAGACUGUGCUUCAAGGACUUCUCCAAGAAGUGUCAAGAUGCAUUGAAGAAAAAUAAGAAUUUAAUUGGUCCAGACCAAAGAGAUUACCAAAGAGAAUUGGACAGAAAUUACAAAAGAUUCAUUGAAAAACUGCAACCUCUAGUCAACCCACAAACAAAUAUAACCAUCACAAAUACAAGUCCUCACAAGUAUUCUUCAGAAAGCACUGCACUGAAAUGGUAAUUCCUAUAUUGAAACUUUCUGCAAUAUAACGUAUUUAUUAUACCUAAUUCUAAUUAUUAUUCUAAAUUACUAUAGGCAAAUCCAUUUUAUUUAUAUACUGGUAUGUAAGCUUUUAUAUUUUUUAUAUAGCGGAAAUAAUAUAUUAUCCCAGAAAC